CCAUGACCACAGGCUAUCACACUACUUAAACAUGAAUUACAUCACAGCCGUAUGGAGUCCGGCUAAUAAAUCCAAAGUAGCCAGAAGGACUGACUCCAGCUCUGCACUGCUGCAUGCCUGGCUCAGCACUCACAGGGGGGAGAAGAAGAAGAGGAGGAGGAGAAGAAGGAAGAAGGAUCCUGCAUGGAUAGACCCCAGGAUUUCCCUGACUUUUGCUGACACUUUUAUUUUUUGGGGGUUUGGAGGUUUCUGCUAUCACCCUUCUGCUGCUGCUGCCGCACCUCCCUGAUUAUCCUUUUGCUUCCUCACUUGGAUACAUUGAGUCUCUGGUUACCAUGGUGAUCCAGCUGAAAGUGAAGAAUAUUUAACAAGGAGGGGUGGGGGGGUUGUGGAAGGCUGGACCCAAGCAGGCAGACACACUGGUGCCAUCAGGACUGAGAGCUGUGCGAGAAUCACACCAGAUUCCAAAAUUCUCCAGCAACUGGCCAUGAGAGGGGGGGACCCUGAGACUGCUGCCUACCCUUGAGCCCCCACCACCACCACACAAACUCCCCCCAGAUGCCUUCUUUAUGAUUCCUGAGCAGGCAAGAGACUCUGAUUUCUCUCGUGGGCUCUCUGCAGCAUGGAUCACCCCCAGUGCCUUGUGACUCUGUACGCCUUGGUGGUCUUCCUGGGACUCCGAAUAGACCAAGCCGUUGGCCAGCACUACCUGCACAUCCGACCUGCCCCCAGCGAAAAGCUACCCCUGGUGGACCUGAUCGAGCACCCGGACCCCAUCUUCGACCCCAAGGAGAAGGACCUCAACGAGACCGAGCUGAGGACUGUCUUGGGUGGCCACUUCGACCCCAACUUCAUGGCCACCAGCUUGCCCGAGGAGAGGCUAGGCGUGGAGGACCUUGCCGAGCUGGACCUUCUGCUCCGGCAAAAGCCCUCUGGGGCAAUGCCCGCUGAGAUCAAGGGUCUGGAGUUCUACGAGGGUCUCCAGGGCAAAAAACACAAACUGAGCAAGAAGCUGAGGAGAAAGCUUCAGAUGUGGCUUUGGUCCCAGACCUUCUGCCCGGUGCUGUACACGUGGAGUGACUUGGGCAUCAGGUUUUGGCCCCGCUACAUGAAAGUGGGCAGCUGCUACACCAAGAGGUCCUGUUCUGUACCGGAGGGCAUGGUUUGUAAAGUCUCCAAGUCCAUGCAUCUGACUAUCUUAAGGUGGAGAUGCCAGCGCAGGGCACUGCAGAGAUGCACGUGGAUACCCAUACAGUACCCAAUUAUAUCUGAGUGCAAGUGCUCAUGCUAACAUUACCCAUCCUAUCUGAGUGUUCCUACCAACAGACCCCAUCCUAUCUGAGUGCUCAUGCUCAAGGACCCAUCCUAUCUGAGUGCUCAUACUAACAAUACCCAUCCUAUCUGAGUGCUCUUGCCCACAGAACCCAUCAUUUCUGAGUGCUCAUGCUAAAGGACCCAUCCUGUCUGGGUGCUCCUGCCCACAGAACCCAUCCUAUCUGAGUGCUCAUGCUAACAGUGCCCAUCAUAUCUGAGUGCUCAUGCUAAAGGACCCAUCAUAUCUGAGUGCUCCUGCCCACAGAACCCAUCCUAUCUUGAGUGCUCAUGCUAAAGGACCCAUCCUAUCUGAGUGCUCCUGCCCACAGAACCCAUCCUAUCUGAGUGCUCAUGCUAAAGGACCCAUCCUGUUUGAGUGCUCAUGCUAACAGUACCCAUCCUAUAUGAGUGCAAGUGACUCCUGGAACUAUGCGAUAAAAAAAAACUUUUCAAAGACAUGCUUUAUCCCCCAUUUUCCUUUUUUUUUUUAAAAAAGAAAAGAAAUGUUGUAUGCACUGUAAUAUGUAGGAAUGUAUAUGUCUGUAUAUAUGGUACCAGUCUAAAUUACUAUUAAAAAAAAGGUCAGUAUUAUUCUUUUUAAGUAACCUGCAUCGUCCCAGGCAAAUCCAUCUGGUUCUAUUUUUUAUUAUUAUUAUUGUAAUUAUUAUUAUUAUUAUGUGCCUAAUGUAUACUGUAUUUAUAUACGAGGAGGAAAAAAAUAAUAAGCACUUCGCCUCGCGAAGCAUAUUUGUUUUUGUUAAAGUUUUAUUUUUUUGAAGACUUUUAUUAUAGAUGCCAUUUUAUUCCCCAUUUAAUGCGGGGAAGGUGGCAGCUUUGAUGGACCUCAGAAAAAUUAAAGUCAGAAAUUACUUUACAGCUACUGUAUAUAAAGAGAACACUUUUUUCUUUUUUGAAGCUUAAAAACAAAGUAACUAAUCUUGUAAAUGAAGUAUAUCUGCUAUUUAUUCUUUUUAUUUUUCAACCUUGUAGUCAUGGAACAGUGCAGAUUAGAAUUAAACCACUAAAAUAUUAAACUUUUUUCCGCAGUC